CCCCUCAGUAAAAACGCGCACAGCAUCCUCCGGAAGCGCUCCUUCCUCCGUCGCCGCCGCCACUCCCUCUGGUCUCCACCACCGCCGCUCGCCGCCAACUCCGCCGCAGCAGGGACUGCUGCAUGACGCCUCGGCCCCACCGACACUCGGCGACGUCGCCGCCUGUUGCCGCCGCGGCCGAGAUGGUGGUCGCCAGGGCGAAUGGGGCGAAGAGGGAAGCAGCCGCCGCCGCCGCCGCCGCCAACACCACCGCUGCCGCCGACGCCGACCCAGAUUCUCCUAUCUCCGUUCUGGGGGAAGAGAAAAUGUCCGGAUCCAAGGAUGGGAAAGCUGGCGAGCUCAAGGCCAACGGUGGCGAGGCGCAUCCCAUCGACGGGGCGCUGAAGGCUGAAGAACUGCUGCUCAACUCUGUCAAAGAGGAGACAUCGUUUGAGCUCGUGGCCAAGAACGGCGAUACCUCUUUAAUCACAGAGGUGAUGACCAAGGAGGAAGAGGAGAUGUAUCAGGCCCGGAUUAAGUUAGAGGAGGAAGAGGAGGCCAGAAAGAGAGAGGAGGCCGCGAGGCAGGCCUUUGACCCAAAGGCAAAGUUCAACAAGCUGGAUGAGCUGCUGACACAGACACAGCUCUAUUCUGAAUUCUUGCUUGAGAAGAUGGAGCAGAUCACAGAUGUUAAGCCGACUGCUGUUGAAAUUAAAGACGAGGAGGAACCCGUGGAAGAGCAAAAGAAAGGACGUGGCAAAAAGAGGAAAGCGGCCAAGGCACAGUACAAUGACAAGAAGGCUAAAACUGCAGUGGCAGCCAUGCUUACAAGAUCUCGUGAAGAUCGUUCUGCUGAUGAUGGUACUCUCACGGAAGAAGAAAAGUGGGAAAGAGAGCAAGCCAAUCUUGUUCCAUUGUUGACUGGGGGAAAGUUGAAAUCUUACCAGAUAAAGGGUGUUAAGUGGCUAAUAUCACUGUGGCAAAAUGGGCUGAAUGGGAUACUUGCUGAUCAAAUGGGCCUUGGGAAAACAAUCCAGACAAUUGCAUUUCUUGCUCAUCUUAAAGGGAAUGGUCUGCAUGGUCCAUACAUGGUUAUUGCUCCCCUUUCCACCCUGUCAAACUGGUUGAACGAGUUAAUGAGGUUCACUCCAUCUCUAAAUGGUCUGAUUUAUCAUGGAGAUAAAGCUGCUCGGACAGAGCUAAGGAGAAAAUACAUGCCCAAAACUGUUGGUCCUGAUUUUCCGAUAAUAAUCACUUCAUAUGAGAUGGCCAUGUUUGAUGCAAAGUUUCUUGCUAAUUAUAAGUGGAAGUAUGUUGUUGUAGAUGAGGGGCAUCGGUUGAAAAAUACGAAGUGCAAAUUACUGAGGGAGUUGAGGCGCAUUCCAAUGGAUAACAAGCUCCUUUUGACUGGAACACCUCUUCAGAAUAAUCUAGCAGAGCUGUGGUCGCUAUUGAACUUCAUUUUGCCAGAUAUAUUCUCAUCCCAUGAGGAAUUUGAGUCAUGGUUUGAUUUUUCUGCGAAGGCUGAUGAGGGACUAGAGGAAGAAACUGAUGAGAAGAAGAGAGUCCUUAUUGUCUCAAAGCUUCAUGCUAUUUUGCGCCCUUUCCUUUUAAGGCGGAUGAAGGAGAAUGUAGAACACAUGCUUCCACGAAAGAAAGAGAUAAUCAUAUAUGCUAACAUGACUGAACAUCAGAAGCAAAUCCAGAGUCACUUGAUUGAGGAGACAUUUGACGACUACUUGCAUGAGAGUGCAGAUAUUGUUUUGCGAAGGCCCGGCAUCAAAACAAAGCUAAAUAAUCUACUCAUUCAGCUGAGAAAAAAUUGUGGCCACCCUGAUCUUUUCCAUUCUGCUUUUGACUCAAACAGUCUCUAUCCACCUGUUGAUAAGCUUAUGGAACAGUGUGGCAAAUUUCAGCUGUUGGACAGGUUGCUGGAUGCUUUAAUCAAACGAAAUCACAAGGUCCUAAUAUUUUCGCAAUGGACAAAGAUCUUGGACAUCCUUGACUAUUAUUUGUCUGAGAAAGGCCUGAAGGUUUGCCGGAUUGAUGGUAGUGUUAAGUUGGAAGACAGGAGGAACCAGAUAGCAGCGUUUAAUGACUUAAACAGUGGUAUGAAUGUAUUCAUUCUCAGCACACGUGCUGGCGGGCUUGGUAUCAACCUUACUUCUGCUGAUACUUGUAUCCUGUAUGAUAGUGACUGGAAUCCUCAGAUGGAUUUGCAGGCUAUGGAUCGAUGCCACCGUAUUGGCCAAACACAGCCAGUUCAUGUUUAUCGGUUGGCGACAUCCAAUUCUGUUGAGGGACGGAUUAUCAAGAAAGCUUUUGGAAAGUUGAAGCUAGAGCACGUCGUGAUUGGGAAGGGACAGUUCCAGCAAGAUGCCGCGAAGCCUAAUGCCUUAGAUGAGGGAGAGCUGCUGGCGCUUCUGAGGGACGAGCAGGACGAGGAAGACAGGAUGAUCCAGACAGACAUCAGCGACGAGGACCUCCUGAAGGUGAUGGACCGGAGGGACCUCACCGGUGCGCGUGCGGCUGCUGAUGCCGUCCCGCACUUCCCCCUGAAAGGGCCUGGCUGGGAGGUCGUGUUGGCUGCUGGCGGCGGCAUGCUCUCGACGCUCACCAGCUGAGCCAACCUCGUGCGGGCGGCAGGCCUGGCGCCUGACGACCACACCGACACCCUCCAGUGUUUUUGUGUUCGCCGCCUGUGUUUUUGUGACAUGAUGUGGACAUGUCAAAGGCCUAUCCCCCCUAAGUAAUUAUGGACGACAGGGCGUUGCAGUGUAUACCGCACCCCCUAGAUUAGGAGCUGAUCGAUCCUUUGGCGAGCUGUGUUGCGAUGUAACUCGAGCUCGUGCCUUCAUCCAAGGCAACCACCCUAGUAGCUAUGUUAAGACUGUUAUGGUAGUAGUAGUCUGCUGAAGGAGUCUGGAAAUGAGACUGUUACUCCAGUA